AUGGCGGCGCCAGCGCAGCCAGCUCUCGAGAUCAAGGUUCACCGUCACGGAUGGGAAGAGCAGUACUCUGAUCGGGGGACAGGGGCAAGGCAAGACUUGACCACCUGGCGAGCGAAAGACCCUCUGGACCCGAAUCACUUUCGUGUCUCCCACACUGCCACCAACUCCCGCCACCCCCCUUGUGCUGAGCCACUCGUCGUGACACCACUCAGUGAUGGUUGCUUGGCACAGCCGCUGUACUGUGAGUGCGUCUGGACUGACGAGCGCACGAAGGGCAGUCGCGAUGGGCAACUUUGGAGACCCGUGCCCCCUCCGGGGUAUGUUGCUCUGAGUGAUAUGGGUGUCCACAUGGACAAUCGUGGCAUCUCGCCGGGCACACGUAAGCCUGCGCAUGAGAUCGACCCAUGGUUUCGCUGUGUGAAGGACACUCUGGUUGCCCCUACUGGUCGCACGGCAAAGCUGUGGACUGACGCCGGCUCCCGUGGGAAAUAUGAUGGGGGUGUGUGGAUGAUCGCUGACUCUGAUGGAUUUGCAGCGGGGUCUGGAAAGACCUACGAGGGCGGAGUGCGACAUCAGGAGUACAAGCUCAUUUAG